AUGUCAAGACCAAGCCUGCAUCCACUAACUCAGCCUGCAUCCACUGCCUCAGCGUCUACGGCUCAGUUGUCCCACGCCCGCUUGGAUCGGCGCACCAUGCCAAGAAGCCCAAGAACUGAUCCGAUUCGACUGGCUCUCCAUGCCCACAGCGACGAACCGCUGGCAGAAGAUCCUCGUCAUCAAGGACGACAUGAGCGGGAUCGUGAAACUUUGGCCCAGCGAGACAAGCGACGCCGCGACGACGGCCAACGGCCUCCUCAACUGGUUCACGACCUUGGUCAACCGACUGAUCCCCACGCCGUCAAGACGUUUGUCAACACCGCCACCAAGGAAGUCACUGCCUUCGACUGGCUCAACUCCACGCGCAAGAUGCACAUGGACGAGCUGCAUCAAGCAAUGGAACAGCUGCAUCGCGAAAUGGCUGCGACAAGCGCCAAGAAGCGACGCCAAGCCCGCGACCACCUAACCAAGUCCAAGGCUGUCCAGCUUGCGAUCGGCGGCUUUGUUCACGUUGGCCAAGUGUCCCGCCAAGGCCACAAGCUGUCCCUGCACUGUGCGGCCCAAGCAAGAUCGUCUGGGUCGUGA